UAUAAUUGUAUAUUCACGUAUCUGCAGCUUUUAAUAUGCGUUGAGAGUAUGAAAUGAGAGUUGUCGUUUGUUUCUAUUAUGCAAGGCAUACACACACCAAUUAUUGUAUCAAUUUCAACGAAUUGUACAACUGAUUGCUAAAUACGUAUGUACAUAUGUAUAUGGGACAGUUGAAUGAGUUGAAUCAACUGAUUGGAUGAACAUCAAAAUUUUUUGAUAUUUUGUCAAGUUGGUUGUGUUAAUUGGAUCGUGUUUGGGUUGGUCGUGCGAUUUCAAACGAUUUCGUCAUUUUAUUUCGGCUGUCGAAGAGAGCGCGUCAUAUAUAAUAAGUAAAGCAACAACUUCCGAACUCAUGUUUAAGCAACGAAGUGAAUAUUCAAAAAGAAGUUGGAGUCAAAAUUGUAUUAAAAGUUGUGUUUGGGAGGCAAUUUCAUCGAAGCUAAAUAGUAUUCUCCCCCCCAAUGACAAGUAUAGCACCAAUAUUGGGGAAAGGUACAGUCCGUUGUAUUACCAGCCAACGAGUCGAUUGGAUAAUUCAGACCAAACUACAGGCCGUCAUUUACAAAGAGUCCUAUAUUAUUCAAUGACACCUUGCAGAAAUCUGACAGGGCUACGAAGAACAGAAUGCGCCUUACAUGAUGUUGACUGUGAUGAAGUAUAUCCUGGUAUUUAUAUUGGUGAUGUAGCUGCGGCGAAAAACAAAUCAUUUCUGCGAAUGAUGGGCAUUACACAUGUGCUAAAUGCAGCUGAAGGUUGCCGCUACGGUCAAGUGGACACUGGUCAUAGUUACUACCGCGAUAUGCCAAGCAUAAGAAACAACAAAGAUACUAUUUUCAGAUAUAUGGGCUUCCCAAUGGUUGACGCACCUACAACAGACAUAUCUCGAUACUUUUAUGUCGCAGCGAAGUUUAUUGAUAGCGCAAUUAGCAGUGGAGGGAAAAUUCUAGUUCACUGCUUAGUAGGCAUGUCAAGGUCCGCCACAUGCGUACUCGCUUACCUGAUGAUUUGCCGAAAAAUGACCGCCUCAGAUGCGAUACGAAAAGUUCGUAUGCGUCGCGAAAUUCGACCAAAUGAGGGAUUUCUGCAGCAAUUAGCAGAUUUGGAUAUGGAACUUAAAAGGAACAAAAAUUAUCAAUACUGAGUUUUCAAAACUACUACUACUUGACUACUUUUUUAAUACAAUAUUCGAACGUUUAGUACAACUGGCGAUAGAAUUUAGAAACACUAAUAAAUGGAUUCUAAAAUACUAAAAACUCA